UGCUCUAGACAGCUUAUUUGGGGUCCUGCCUGCUGAAGGGAAAUCCGGUCGCUCUGCGCAUGCUCCUUCCUUUCCUGCUCAGGCCGCCUAACGAACCGCCGAGAUGUUGAUGCCCAAAAAGGAUCGUAUUGCCAUCUAUGAGCUCCUGUUUAAGGAAGGAGUAAUGGUGGCCAAGAAGGAUGUUCAUAUGCCAAAGCAUCCUGAGCUGGCUGACAAGAAUGUACCCAAUCUUCACGUUAUGAAAGCUAUGCAGUCUUUGAAGUCUCGUGGCUAUGUAAAGGAGCAGUUUGCUUGGCGUCAUUUCUACUGGUAUCUGACCAAUGAAGGUAUCCAAUAUUUGCGUGAUUUCUUGCAUCUGCCCCCAGAGAUUGUUCCUGCAACAUUGAGAAGAAGUCGUCCUGAAACUGGCCGACCCAGGCCUAAAGGUCUAGAAGGCGAGAGACCCGCCAGAUUGUCCCGUGGUGAGACUGACAGAGAUACAUACAGACGUAGUGCUGCUCCACCUGGGGCAGAUAAGAAGGCAGAGGCUGGUGCUGGAGCAGCAACAGAAUUUCAGUUUAGAGGAGGAUUUGGACGUGGUCGUGGACAGCAGCCCCCACAGUGAAACUGAUUACUUUCUUUUGUGAAUAAUAAACCUUUUGUGAACAACACAA